AGUCUGCGACACUAGUUUAACAUUGCUUAGAAGAAUGGGAUGGCUAAAGGCGUCAAAGAGGUAUUUCUUGUUAGACGAAAAUCUUUCAUUAGUCGCGCUUAUGAAAUUCGAAUGUGUCGUUCAUAAGUCGAGCCUUAUGAAAUUCUUAAGUUUAUUUGCCUCAGUGUACCAUUGGGAUUGCUGAAGUGUGAUUGUGUCAGUGAUUUGUUUUCAUCGGGAAAUUUUUUCGCUAAGAAGUUUUUUUUUCCCGAUGAAAAAAUAUUGCGUAUACGUAUACGUGACAUAGUGUGCGUACGAUAAACGUCAGCAAAAGCAAUUAACAUUGUUCCAUUUUCAUUCCAAACUAGUUUGUUGAAGUGAAACGAAGGUAAUCGAAGUUUUUUAUUAACAAAUGGAUGACAAAAACAAAAAAACCGCGGCAAUAUUGGCGUAAAGAAAAGAACAAAAAUGCUCUUAGCAAUGUCGCCAAGAAAAACCCAUCGAUGGCUGCAUCGAUGCAAAAGUUUUUGGCUUCAAAACCAAAAACAAGCAGCACAAUAGAACCCAAUUCACCAGAUACGAACCCAAUGAAUGAUUCAGGCGAGGAUUCGUCAUCUGAUGACUUGUUGGUCGAAAACAAUCCUGACACUGGUAACAAAAUGCAAGAAAAGGAUUCCAGCACAGACAAAACGCCAGCUAUUACGGGGGAUCAAAAGAAACAGUCUUGUUUUUCCGGUAAUGCCCGUCCAGCAGCGUGUCCCGUUGACUCCACCUACUCUGAGCAUACGAUUACGGAUUCUGGUGAUUCAGCGGCCUCUGUCAGCGGUACUGCGAGAAGGUCGAUAUUAUCCACAUCGAAGCUAAGUCGUAAAAGGAAAUUUACGGAAAAUAUGCCGAAUGAGGCUACUGAUGCUUCGAAAAGGGAAAAAGGUUCGGAAAUUGUUGAGAAACAGGAUCACAAUGCAGCUCUUCAAAAGGACACAAAGACCAACAUUCCUGCUCUGUCAACGGAUUCUAACGAAGAACCGGAAAUUGUUGAGAACCAGGAUGAGAACGCAGAUCUUGUAUUGGAUACGCAGACCGACAUUCCUACACAACCAACCAAUGCGUCAACGGGGGAAAAUCUCAGUUCUAACGAAGAACCGGAGAUUGUUAAGAACCAGGAUCAGGACGCAGAUCUUCUUAUUGGUAAGGAGAUCAACAUUCCUGCUGCAUCAACUGGGUAAGUGAAAUUUUAAUUUUGUUACGCGAAUUUGGUCAUGAAGUAUUUUGCAAAAAAAUCUUCGUAAUCUCUUUGUUUAUUAUUGUUCUAAUGACUGUUUAUUUGAUAAAGUGGACGCCUAAUUUCAGUUACCACUAUUUGGUUUGUCAUUUAAACUUGAUGCUUUUUUUUCGGCAAAUAUGAACCUCUGCCUUCAAGCAACAUAACAAAAUUUAUAAAUUAUAAAACAUUCAAAGUUACAUGCUAUUUAAACGAAAUUGCAAAUCACAUG